AUGUGCGGUGAGGAAGGAGGGAAGGAAGGCAGGCGGCCGGGGGGGAGGGAGGGAGGGAGGCUGCCCCGCCGGGAAGGCUGGCGAGGUGGGCGAUGCUGAGGGGCCGAAGCCAGGGCGAGGCGGCUUCUCUCGAAAGGGUUGCCCGCUUCCCUCAGGGCAAACGGCAGCGGGUUGGGCUAGAUGACCCUGGGGCCCCUUCGUGCUCUGCGGCCGCAGGCAGUAGCCUUUCCUCAGCCCAUGUGCAGAGUGCGCCUGAAGAGGGGAGGGAGGGGCAAGGCCAGGCCCUCAGAGCAGCGCCUGCCUCUCUUCUUGCCCCCCAUUCUGAGCUGCGGCUUCCUCCUCCACCUCCUCCAACUCUUUCACCAUCAUUGUAGAGAGGGCCUUGUCAAAAGUCCGACGCUGGCUCUCUUGAGCAUGUGCAGAGUGCCUUCGCCUUCAGGGUGGUUCGGAAGGGAGAUAAUAGGAGGGUAGUGGGGACAGUGUGAAUGUGCAGAUGGAAAUCAGGGGGGUGAGAGAGAUGGUUUGUUUACAGGCAACCCCAUGCUUGAACAUUGCGGAACAUUUAGGAAACCUAAUACAGUGGUACCUCGGGUUAAGUACUUAAUUUGUUCCGGAGGACCGUUCUUAACCUGAAACUGUUCUUAACCUGAAGCACCACUUUAGCUAAUGGCGCCUCCCGCUGCUGCACAAUUUCUGUUCUCAUCCUGAAGCAAAGUUCUUAACCCGAGGUACUAUUUCUGGGUUAGCGGAGUCUGUAACCUGAAGCGUAUGUAACUUGAAGUGUAUGUAACCCGAGAUACCACUGUACUGUAAAGCAAAAUCAGGAAAAUGAUGAAGAGGGGGGAAAAGCUCUACAACUGGUUUAGCAAUAGUGAUCCAGUACAGUAGUAGUAGUAGUAGUAGUUAUAAAGUGGCAUCAGGGUCUGUGGUGCUUUGAAGACCAGUAGCAUAAGCAAAACACAGGUCUCUGCCCCAAGGAGCUUACAGCCUAAAUCUUAUCUGGGUGCGAAGUUGAAGGGGACAAAUGUCUUGAGGGACUGGCGCAAGUGAGGCUUGUGGGGAAAUUAGCGUGAGAGUAGACGAGUGUGUGAUAUUGGGAAAGCGGGUUUAGAUUGCUGAUGAUAAAGGAAGGGGGUGAAUUGGCAGAAUUCAGCAGGGAGAUAUUUUCAACUUCGUUUUCCGUUAAGCUUAGGGUGCCUAAAUACAACAAUAUGGCAAUAUGUUAACCUCCUAGAAAUAUAAAGGGGAACAAGGGGUGGGAAGGGGUGGCAGCCAUCCGUGCAGUAGAGGAAGAGCAUAGGUGUGUAUCAGACAGGUAGAAAAGCAGAUUUGCCUGUUCAGGAGCUUUUCCACACCAACUUCAGGGCUGUCUGCCUUUCUAGCAACUUGUACUGAAGCUAGGGUUUGCCAGCGGUGCUGGUGUUGGUAGGUGGAAGGGCUGCUUCCAUAUCUCUGGCUUGCAUGUAAGUUCUUACUCUUUACGUGGUGUUUGUUUUGCGCACUGAGCUGUUUACGGUGGUUCCAGAAAGAUUUAAUAUUUCAUUUAAUCCCCAUUUGACGUUGUGUUUGCACAUUGCCUACAAGCACAUCCUUUUGAUGUGUUGAAAGGUGCUGUUUAACCUUACUGAGUUUCAAAAUCAGCUUCUAAUGUGGCACAGAAGAAGAGGGGACGUGGAAGCAGAAAAGAGAGUCCUCUUAUGUAGGCAAAAGGCAAGGGGUGUUUGGAUCAAUUCCAGAGGAAUCAUCAUUAAUAAGAUCAUUGCUAAUAAGAGAUUAAAUGAAAAAAAUUUUUUUUGCACCUUUUUUCUUUUUAAAAAUGUUGUGAGAUGACUACCAUGAAAUACAUAUUUAAAACACCAAAAAGAAAGAAAGAAAGAAAAGAAACACUUCAGAGCACAGCAAAAAAGACAUAAUAAAAGUAUAAAGAAGAGAUGCUAGGCACAUAUCUCUGGUGAUGAUGUUCCACUAUGUGGUGCAUAGUUAAACUAUGGAACUCACUCCUCCAGGAGGCAGUGAUGGCCACCAACUUGGAUGGCUUUAAAAAGUCAUGAUGGAAAGGGCUAUCAAUGGCUGCUAGCCAGGAUGGCUAGCCUCUGCCUUCAUGGUCAGAGGGAGCAAUGCUUUUGAAGACUACUUGCUGGAAACCACAGGAGAGGAGAGGCCUCUUGUGCUCCAUUCCUGCUUGCUGGUUUCCCGCCGGCAUCUGGUUGGCCACUGUGAGAACAGGACGUUGGAUUGGAUGGGCCAUUGGCUUGAUCCAGCAGGCCCUUCUUCUAUUCUUAAAUUCAUAAAGGGUGCAACUACAGAUGAGGCUCCCUGAUCUUCACCCGCCGAACUUUUUCAGAGAACUUAAUGAUAAGACUGCCUCAUUAUUAUUUUAAUAAUAUUGGAAGUGUGUAUGUAUAUCGCUCUUUUUGUUUUCACGUACAUACAUUUAUCUUCUGCUUCGAACAGUAUAUAAAUUUUACGAAAUAAAUAAAAUCAAAACAAAACACAUGACCCCACUCAUCCUUACAAAUUCCUUCUAAGUUAAAUUGGUCAGUAUGAUUCUCCCCAUAUUCCAAAAGACUAGGCGCUGAAGAAAAGCAAAACUGGCUUGCUUGAGGCCACCUAGUGAACCAGGACCUUCAGGUUGAGCCCUGAAUUACCAUUUGCAUUCUCUUGGUGUGCAGACGUAGCAUAGGUCUAUAUGUGCUUAUUGAAUCCCAGGCCAUUGGGCCCAUCUAGACAAUUGUCCACACUGGCAGUGGUUCGCCUGGGUUUAUAGCAGGAGUCUUUUCCAGCUGCACAUGGAAGGUGUUGGAGAUGGAACAUGCUCUGCCAUAUAUCAACUUCCCCAUAUAUCCACUAUUUUUUCGGCUUUCUUAACACUACUCUGUCACCUUCAGGUAUUGGUGUGGGGGUUUUUUUGAUGUGGGACACAGGUUCACGAGAAAUUUCUCCUGAAGAGCGAAGUGAAAAAGAGCUGCAGUCACAGUUUGCUCAUGUGCAUUUAAUGCUAUGCAAAUUUGCCUCAGAAAAUGGAAAAUGGGGCAGUGCUAAGAAUAGAAUAGGCAAUUUAUGCUAUAAAUAGUUUGCUGUGAGCACAGUUCAAGUCUUUCUGUGAAUUCAAUCUUGGGAAUGUGUGGGAUUCUCAGAUUGCAUAGCAUAAUCUGUUCUUUGUCUACAAACAUAUCCUUUAAAAUAUUUCUGAAUACAGUUAUAGCCUCUUGACUGCCUUGUUCCAAAAUGAGAAAGCAGAAUUUUGUGCCUUUAGAGUGAUGGAGACUGACAAAGCCCAAUGCCUUUUCUUCAGGUCAUAUUUCUGAGGGGAUUAUUUCUCUUGCAUGGUUGAAAUUGUAGGGUUUAUUGCCCUUGCAGUUUUAUCUUUACCUUGACAUUUCUGUAUCUCACUUGCUUAUUCUUUGAUGGAAUAAGUAUAAUUCAUCUCUUGUUAACGGCCCAGGUAGAAUGUAGAUGUCCAGACAAACCAGUGUAGCAGAUAUAUGCCUUGUUCAUAGUUGAAUGUGAAACUCAUAACCAGUUUAAACUUGCUGCAGAGGUAAGGAUGGAAGCAAAUCUUACAAGAUCACUUUCUUUUAAUAAUUAAACUGGUGCAGCAUCAAACUGGAAUAAUUUCAAAAUCUGAUACGUUAUUCAUAGCUUAGUGGGUUACACUGCCAUGGGUGGGAGAGGGGGGUUGACUACAGGACUAAGAGCAGAUUCCAAGCAUUGAUUUAUAGGUAAAUAAGAAAUGCCCGAACUGACAGAGCAGUUUUUUCCUGUUCAGCAAAAUAGAGUGAGAUUGUUGGCUCUUCGUAAAUGGGUAGUUUGUUCUGGUUUUCAGUGUACAACUAAAAUUUGGGACCUGACUUGCUGUGAAAUUGUCCACCCUAGUAGAGCACACAGUGUUCAUUUCUGACCAUUUGGUUUGACUAAGUGUAGAGACUGGUGCUCUGUUUAACAUCUGCAGUGAAAUAAAUAUUUCUACUGUUGACAUUAAUUUGUUUGAGCAAUUUUUAUCCUGCCCUUCAGCUCAAGUGCUCUCAUAGCAACUAUCAUAUCCAAAGGAUCUCUCUCCACUGUGCCUCUUAACCCCAGUAUGAGCUAUGGGGCCAACUAAAACAUUUUUGUUGCAUGUGGUCAUACUUUACCUUCUCUCUGUUCCUUUCUCUCACCCCCCUUUUAAAUUUUCCCUGCAUUCUAUCAUUCUGCUGUGUUCUUUAUCGUCUUCCAGAAAGCUUAACCCAUACCUUAAACAAGUACAAAAGGAAGUCAAGUGUGGCACCUGAACCAAUCUGGUUUAGGCUGGGCUGCAAUCGAGUUUCUGGUCUCAACCCACCAGCUGAACCCUCAUGUUUCACAGCCAGGUGUUGCCACCAGGAGUGAAACAAGCACCUGCUCUUCCUUCUGCUGGGUAGCUUCCAAUUUCUUGCUGAUAUCAAGCUAAGGAGGCCAAUAUAAUUCUUUUGACUUCAAGGUUAUACAAACACAACCCUUCUUAACCCCCCCCCCCCAUUUUUAUCUGAAUUCUGAAGUAUUGACUUGCAGUAGUCAUGGCUGAACACAGCUGAAUUUGUGAAUUCUAACUGGGCUCUCUCAGAAGAGGGACAGCAGGAAAUAAUUAUUAGCGCAAAUAUCUAGCCUUACAGAAGUGACCCAUUGGAAAACUUACAAAGGAAAAUAUAUUUGAAAUACAGUGGUACCUCGGGUUACAUAUGCUUCAGAUUACAUACACUUCAGGUUACAGACUCCACUAACCCAGAAAUAUUACCUCGGGUUAAGAACUUUGCUUCAGGAUGAGAACAGAAAUCGUGCUCCGGAGGCACGGCAGCAGCAGGAGGCCCCAUUAGCUAAAGUGGUGCUUCAGGUUAAGAACAGUUUCAGGUUAAGAACGGACCUCCGGAACAAAUUAAGUUCUUAAUCCGAGGUACCACUGUAUAGGAUGUGUCAGCUAUGUGAAAUAGCUGCUAGGAGGUUGGGCACUGAUUCUUGUAAUUUUGUAAUAUAUUACUGUACUUUAGGUGACAAAUUAUAUUUGCUUCCAAACAAUAAGGUAGAGAGCUUUGACCUGCCAAAAGUUAGUGAUUCUUCUUUCCAUCUGCCCCUUUUAGGUGGCUCUCUAGAUGAGCUAAUAACAGUUCUUCUUGGGAACUUAUUUUCAACCCUGUCAUCACAGAAUUUUCAUAGAGAACAUUUCCUCCUAUGGACUAUGAUCUUAUUUAUGAGAUGAAUGAGUAAAUUUAUUUCACUGUAACAUUUUACUUCCUUUCUUCUUUUCAACUCAUGCAAAUGAGGAAGUGGUCUUGGGAGUUUGCUGUGUAUGAUUAGUUGGUAAAAAUAUGUGAUUAGCAGCACACCUUAAAAUUAGUGUAGUGCUUGUACACUUGGAAGGAGCAAGGGCUAAGGUAGGGUUGCCAUAUGUCCAAAGUUUCACAGACAUAGCUAGAAUUUGGCCAUCGGAAACAGUGUCUGAGUAGAAAGCGCUGAAAUGUCAGGGAAACUCUGGACGUAUGGCAACCCAUGUUGGAAGUGUAGAUGUUGGCGAAUUUCCUUAAAAAUAGCUUAAAAGCGUCUUUCUUUUUUUGAGAUUGGGCAAAAUGAAAAAAGCCAUGCAUCAGAAUGAUUUGCAAUAUCCAGCCAAAAAUUAUGAAACCAAUAGUACGAUAGGGGCUUCAAACUGGUUUUGAACAAUAUAUCAAUAUAUCGCCUAGCCAUGAACAAUACAUCUGUGGAAUGUGCUUCUUUCCCCCUGGGUCAACCAGUGUUGGCUUGCCUUAGUAACUAAGAAAUCCCACAGCUUUUUGGGUGUCUCCAACGCUUGUGGUAUAAGGCUGGCACUUCUUCAGGCAUGGUGUGAAUGUGGGGUGUGUGUGUGUCUUUCUCUGAUUCCAUGCUCUCACCAGAGCCAAAGAUAUGCUUGCUGGUAGAUCACAGGUCAACAUUUGUCCCUAGAUGAGGGACCAUAAGCUGCUAGGAAGAGGAAGAGGAAAGGGAUGAGGGUAUCUGGUGAACUGAAAGCACACCAUGUUAACAGGCUGCUAAUGCUAUGUGGGGCAGAUCUUUGGCUACAGCUAAAUGAGCAGCGUUUGCCAACAUGGUCUUGCUGACCCACCGCAAGCACCCUGUUCACAUGCUUCUGGCUUAUGUGAGUAAUAUGAAUACUGAAGCAGCCUUGAAUGAUGGCUGGACUGAGCCAGGGAGCCAGUGAAGUGUUGAGCAAGAAAGCGGGCCCUUUUCCUGAGGCAAGAGUGACUGCUGCUAAAAGCAGACAGUCUUGUCCAGGGGUCAGCAAACUUUUUCAGCAGGGGGCCAGUCCACUGUCCCUCAAACCUUGUGGGGGGGCCGGACUAUCUAUCUAUCUAUCUAUCUAUCUAUCUAUCUAUCUAUCUAUCUAAAAUGAACGAAUUCCUAUGCCCCACAAAUAACCCAGAGAUGCAUUUUAAAAGGACACAUUGUACUCAUGUAAAAACAUGCUGAUUCCCAGACCGUCUGUGGGCCGGAUUGAGAAGGCGGUUGGGGCAGAUCUGGCCCCCGGGCCUUAGUUUGUCUACCCAUGGUCUUGUCAGUGGUGGCCCCCUGUCAUUGUGAUGCAUUCCCAAAAGAGAUCCACUCCCUUGGUCAUUCUAGGAGGGGUUUUUUUUUGCCAGCUGUGCACCUUUUUGAGAGGUAAGGGUUAGAUUCGGAAAGAAAUGUGAACGGUUGCUGCUGGGGGUGGUCACUGUAAGGCAGGGGUCAGCAACCUUUUUCAGCCAUGGGCUGGUCCACUGUCCCUCAGGCCAUGUGGUGGGCCAGACUAUAUUUUGGGGGGGGAAAUAGAACGAAUUCCUAUGCCCCACAAAUAACCCAGAGAUGCAUUUUAAAUAAAAGCACACAUUCUACUCAUGUAAAAACACCAGGCAGGCCCCACAAAUAACCCAGAGAUGCAUUUUAAAUACAAGGACACAUUGAGAAGGUGAUUGGGCCGCAUCCGGCCCACGGGCCUUAGGUUGCCUACCCCUGAUGUAAGGAUUAGCCUAGGCAAGAAUGAGAAUUUUGAGACUCAGUCUAGUUGUGAGGACAGCAGAGCUCUCUGUUUAAACCCAGAUGUCCUCCAGUCCAGUUACGUAGAAAGGGGCAGGGAGUAGCGAGGUCUCUCCCCAUUGCUUACAUCCCUCCAGUUCAUGCAUUUUUCUUGCAUCUGACUUUCAAUAUUGGAGCAUGUCUAAGGAGAAGAGCACCUGGCGGGAUAGACAGACUUUCAGCAAGAUCAAUUGUGCCAGUUCCAAGAGUUAAUCAGUCUCUUCUUUGUUUUUUCUUAGUUAUAUUGGGGUGGGGAGGGUUCCAAAGCUCUUCUCUUGAGUUGGAAUGCUUUGCUGCAGUGAAGUGUUCGUAAUUUCUAACUUUGUUGGCUAUAAUGAAAUUGAACACUUCCUUGUAGCCACUGGGAGUUGACAACCUGUCUGAAAUCUUGAUAAACUGGAAUAUCAUGACUUAAGCUCCCCACCCGGCUUCUUUCCCUGUUUCUUGUGCCUUGCCCACUUUAUGGCAGUGCCCUUUCACAGAGGGAGUUCAUGCAUGGAGAUUAUAAGGAAUAUCCUUAUAAAUCUCAAAUGCAGUGCUUAUUGAGCAUGCAAGUCAUUAUUGUGACAAGGCAACUCAUUUGGUGUGCGUGAGAGGUAGGAGCACAUUAUUGACUUUCCAGGUGCUAUUUUCUGAGACUUCCCAGGAAUUGUGGGAUCCAUGGAUUUGUUAUUGCUUGGGGUUGACCCAUUGGGUUCACUCUGAUUUGAACUAGCACUGAAUAUAUCCCACAGUGUCUAAAAAGUAAAAGUCCCAGAAUGUGGGGUGUAUUUUUUCUCAUGCAGAUGGUAGCAGAGAUGAGGCCUAAAUCUGGAGCUACUGAGAUAAUUCAAAAAACCCAUAAGAGCUUGCUAGAUUUUCUAGGACCAAAUCUAAGAAUGGGUGUUUUUUGUUUUUUUGUUUUUUGGAAGGAAGGCUGUAAUGGAGGGUUCCAUUCUGCAAACUCAAAAUUCUUUACCCUGCGUUCUUGCACUCCAUUCUAGAGUUUGCAGAGUGGAGCCACUUCAUUGCACUCAUCUACAAUAUGUUUUAUACUUUUUAAUGGUUUUUAAAUUUUAUUUAUUAUUUUAUUUAUAUCCCAUCCUUCCUUCAAAAAACCCUAUCUUAAUGGAUCCUUCUCUCGUCCCUGGAGUUGCUUUUAGAUUCUCUCUGUUUUACUUACAAUUUUAAUUGUGUAUAUGUACAUUUUUAAAAAAUAUAUAAUACUGCUUGGGAGAAAUGUAGCAAAAAAAAAGUGUGGUGCUUUUUCUUCUUGUGGCUUGUAAUGUUUUAUAAAAAUGAGUUUAUUUACAACACUUUGGGGCUGUGCUAAUAGAAAUCCUACACAAGCGCUGUUUCAGUUCAUAGUUGUGGUUACAAAGUGAAAUGCAGUAUUGCAUGUACAGUGGUACCUCGGGUUAAGUACUUAAUUCGUUCCGGAGGUCCGUUCUUAACCUGAAACUGUUCUUAACCUGAAGCACCACUUUACCUAAUGGGGCCUCCCGCUGCCGCCGCGCUGCCAGAGCAUGAUUUCUGUUCUCAACCUGAAGCAAAGUUCUUAACCUGAAGCACUAUUUCUGUGUUAGCAGAGUCUGUAACCUGAAGCGUAUGUAACCUGAAGCGUAACCCGAGGUACCACUGUAUAUAGUCUUUGUUUUAAUUUCUAAUCAAUCCUGCAGGCAUCUUUGCUUACCUGAACUACCACGUUCCCCGGACAAGACGGGAGAUCCUGGAGACCCUCAUCAAAGGGCUUCAGCGGCUGGAGUACAGAGGAUAUGACUCUGCUGGUAAGCUGCUCACCCUGUCCUUGGAUUCCUUAUCUUUCAAACUUUUUUUCUGUGGAUAUGGUUUUAAAAGGAUGUGGUUGCCAGUAAAGUCAUGGUCUGCAGUGUGUAAGAAGCAAGGCUUGGUGUGACUUAUUCCACCUUUCAGUUCACAUGCAACAAGUUUACAUGUUUAGUUGUAUAUCUUGGACAUAAACCGUUAUGUGCACAGGUAUUUGGAUGAAAUUAAAAUCUCAUUAGGCUUUUUGAGAUGUCUUUUCCCAAUGAAAGAAAUCUCCUUUUCCUUACAGAAGAUGUAUUGUUUGACAAGAGUCUAACGGCUAACAUAACUGACCCUGUGCAGUUGGAAUGCUUGGAUAUUCUUCAGUGUCCCAGCAAUGCAGCCCAAUGGCUAAAAGGGAACACCUAGGCAAUGUUAUGUUUCUAAAUCUUGCACUGGCUUUUCUUGUAAUUAUGUACAGCCAUAAUGUUCUGAAACCCUGCAAUUUUAUUCUAGCCUGUAGAAAAAUGAUUGUGGAAGUUAGGUUAAUGAUCCUGGAAAGCAGAACAAUUAAUAUUUCAAGCCAAAUGAGGUGUGUGUGAUUCACCUUAAGCUUUCUGUGUAUUAGGAGUUGGAAUUGAUGGAGGCAAUGAUAAAGACUGGGAGGCCAAUGCUGGCAAAAUUGCACUCAUCAAAAAGAAGGGGAAAGUGAAGGCUUUGGAUGAAGAAGUGAACAGUAAGUCCAGUCCUACACAAUCCGCCUUUUCUUUUUGGUGGUCUUUGUUCCUGAUUUCAAUACCAUUCAGCAACCAUCUUUCAAUGUAUUGUUAGGUACAAACUGAAAACACUUCCCACCACAUGCUGUGCUCAUUGGUACAGUGGUGCCUUGCAAGACGAAAUUAAUCCGUUCCGCGAGUCUCUUCAUCUUGCGGUUUUUUCGUCUUGCGAAGCACGGCUAUUAGCGGCUUAGCGGCUAUUAGCAGCUUAGCGGCUUUAAGAAAAAGGAAACAAACUCGCAAGAACUCGCAAGACGUUUCGUCUUGCGAAGCAAGCCCAUAGGGAAAUUCAUCUUGCGGAACGACUCAAAAAACGGAAAACUCUUUCGUCUAGCGAGUUUUUCGUCUAGCGAGGCAUUCGUCUUGCGGGGCACCACUGUAUACUAAAUGAUAAACUAUAUAUUCAUUUCUAUAAUGCAGUUCUCAGAUAAAUCAAAUUUUCUAAUCCUCCCUGUACGUCUGCCUUGCCUGUUGAGAGCAAAUAUAGAGAUAUUGCAUGAUCUCUUGUUGGGUCAUUCUUUGGCCAAUUAGACUCAAACAUCUCAGUCACCUUUGGAACACAGACCCUUUCUCUCUCUCUCUGGUUAUAGUAGAGGCAGCAUGAAUAGGGAGAAUGGUAGUGGAGAGUAUUCAUGAAGAAAAAGUGUUCACAAGAUAGCGGAAUUCACAUACUCUGCAUUGUCUUGCCCAUCUCUUUCCAGAGUGGACAGCUGAGACUUCAUUUCUUGUCUGUUACUGAUAAACUAGUGUCAUAUAAACUGAUAACAGCAGAUAGCCAGACCACCUUUGCCUAGUGAGAAACUACUGAAGUUCCCAACCGUGGAUUUAUUCACACACAUUGCCAAACCAUGGUUUAAUGCUGCUUGAGUGGCCUCAUGCGUGUUCCCCUCCCUCCCGCACAUUAUGUCAGGCACAGGUGGACUCCGGCCCUCCAGAUGUUUAGGACUACAAUUCCCAUCAUCCCUGAUCACUGGUCCUGUUAGCUAGGGAUGAUGGGAGUUGUAGUCCCAAAAAUCUGGAGGGCCAGAGUUUGCCUAUGCCUGCAUUAUGUGCUCCAAUGCAAGUUGCUUCCUCUUUAGCACAAACCAGAAUUUGCUGUUAAACUAGCCAACUAUGGUUUGGGCUUGCCCUCCAAACUGGGACCACCAACCAAACCAUGUUUGGAAGCUGGUUUGCAGUCCUGCGUUGGAGGGCACAUACAAAUCAUAGUUCAGCUGUUAGGGAAUUUGCAGUAAAGGCAAAAGUAAAGAAUUAAAAUGGAAUGUGUGAGUAGAAUGCUUGUUCAUAUUGCAGCCAAUGAUUUAGUUUAUACAGCAGUCAUGUAUUUCUGUUGCUGCUGGUCUUAGGAAUUGUUUAAAUCAAAUGUUGAUGCUCUAAGCAUGGUAAAUUGAUACAGCCACAAAAUAAGAUGGGUCUUUUCUUAACUUUCUAUGUACUAGAAAAAUGCAAGUAUUAAAUUGGUAUGAUCUCUGGGUGGGAAAACUGUAAACAAUGGAGAAGCAAACGUUUCAUGUUUUGCGUUCCGUUCAAUGCCCUCUAUUCAGGAAACAACAGUGUGUGCUAAUAUUGUGGAUAAUACUAUGGCUGUUUUCAGAGAGGCAUGGUGGAGGACCUCUGCAUUGUGGACUUACUUUUAUCUUAGAUGUUGCUGACUGAGUUGGCUGGCUUUAGUCAGAACUUAGGUCGGGAUGGUUGAUGUUUUUUGUCCCAAGCCACAUUCCCUUCUGGACAUCCUUCCAGGGGAACACAUGCCAAUGGUGGGCAGGGUCAGAAGAAAAAGUUGGUAGAGUAAUGAAUCUAAACAUUGCCUUUGUUCAUGAGGCUGGUUUCUACAAUCACUCAUGCCCCUCUCUGUCUGCCAUCCAGAUCAGCAAGAGGUGUGAUUAGAGCUCAGAUACACAUUUCAGCCAGGCAAAAACACUCCAGCAGGGUGCAGAGUAUGGCUGGUAAUUGGGGGGGGGGUGGCCUGGGGAGAGUCCUGAGGGCCAGAUGGAGAGGUCUGAAGGGCCCCAUUUGACCUUUAGCCCAGAGUUUCCCCACCUAUAAUUUAUGUGUUGGUGGAAGUGGACCACUUAACACAUGCAAAAGACCUGUAAAUGUUAGAAAAGAGCUCACAUUCAUGAGUAGCCUGAAAGCCUUGGCCUACUUCGUAAAGCCUCACUGAAGCCAGUGGGUGAUGUCAGCUGAAACCUUUCCCUCCAUUCAAUAAGAGUAGGAGAUCCUCUUAGGAAUUAACUUUUCCCCACUUUACACAGAACAACAGGAUAUGGACCUGGACAUUGAGUUUGAUGUGCAUCUUGGAAUUGCCCAUACCAGAUGGGCCACCCACGGCGAGCCCAAUCCUGUCAACAGCCACCCACAGCGAUCGGAUAAAAACAAUGGUAAGACAUUGCCGUUACGUUUUGGUGGGUGUGAGGGAUGAGGUGACACUUGGACUUUUGUCCUAGCUUCUGAUGGCUGUUCAGAGUUGAUAAAGUGUCGGGCAGGCAAUCUUCCUGGACAACUGUGUCCAUCUUCUUGAACAAAGUACCAAGUAGCAAGACAUGUAAGAAGUAAAUCUUAGUGGUCUUAGCUUUUAUUUCCAGGUGGGAGGAGGCAGAUAGUCAGACCGGAGAGCCCCAACAAACCAAAAAUCAGCUGCAUUGGGAAACAGAAUUUAGUUCUUUUAUGGAUUAAAGACUGUUUCAAGUUAAAAACAAGGCUGGUCUCAACUCCUUUUAAAUAUGCAGAAUGUUCACAGAUAAUGAUUUUAAAAUUGCUUUUUAAAAAGUGAGUCGUAGAUUACAGAAUAAAUAAUAUAUUACCUUAUAGAGAUUUUCAGAAAAGGUUAAAUUUGAGUACUCACUAAUUAUAUUGUUUCUAGAUUAAAAAACUGUGAUCUGAGGCACUGUAAUGACUGUUAUAAAGCCCUGCUGUUAGUAUUGCACUAAGGUUAAAAUACUACCAAAGUUACAAGCAUGGGUUAUAAUUCCCAUUAAUCUGUUGUAAGGGUUCGUUUAAUCUGUUAAGUGUCUUAAUUCUAAAGGCUCCUCGGGGCUGAAAUUGAGCUGCCGGCUGCCUUGUACUUUGUUGAUACAUCCUGUUUAGCAUAGGCAACUGGCAUUCCUGGUGUAGUUAGUACAGAAAACAAUUUUGGGUAAUGGCCCACAUGGAAGAUGGCCUACAUUCUCUCUUACAUUAGGAAAUUGAACUGUAAAUGGGUCUGGGAUAAAGUAAAUUAAUCCUGCAGUUGGAUGCAGCAGGUGGCAUUAAACUACUCUAAGUUAAGCAGCCCAGCAGGGAUUGUACUUUCUUUAUUAAAUUCGACCAUCCAUCUAUCAUGUGCUUGUGCUUGGCUUUGGGAAUCCUAGUUUCUGUUUCAGGCUUUUGCCUUUGAGCAAGGUGCUUGGCACCUCUCUUUUCUUCUCCUCUUGGGAUGCUUCCCUAUUUUUGCGGGCUCUUUUAUGAUCAUAGCUCCUAAAGUGUUUUCUCCCCCUGUGUUUCAGAAUUUAUUGUUAUCCACAAUGGCAUUAUUACAAACUACAAAGACCUGAAGAAAUUUUUGGUAAGUGAAGCUCCUUGUGCUGUGCUGUGAGUUUAAACAAAGUGGGAAGUCUGAAUCUGCUUGUGUUUGUAUCGUAGGAGAGAAUCACUUGGGCCUGGUAGUUUUGUUCCCAAAUUAUGCCAGCAUUCUUUGGAUGCUGAGAAGGGAGACACUUUAGAAGCCGUUGAAGUAUCUAUUACAUGAGCUGGUGCUAUAACUUUAAGGAGUGGUUAGAUUGCAUGUUCCACUGGGCUGAUAGGUAUCUUCUGUGUCACCCUGUGAAGUGCCUUAGGGAUGCAGGAAGGCACCUUAUCUCAAUUCAGGUUGUUGCUUCAUCUCAUGCUGUACUGUCUGCACCAGGCUUCCCCAAACUGAUGCCCUCCAGUAGUUUUGGAAUAUAACCAUAACUAUAACUCUCAACAGCCCCAGCCAGAAAUGGUAGCAGGUUCUUCCCUUUCCUGCCUGCAGAUUGCAUUUGGGACCUUCUGCAGUCAAAGCAUGCACUCUCGUCACUGACUUUAUGGGCCUUCUCCCAUGAACAUUAGUGGCAUUAUAUAAUAAUAUUACAAUCUUACCAAAGCUGGAUAAUUUUAUCUUGCUUCUAAUUUCUUUCAGGCUUAAGUGUGUAAUGUGAUUGUGUGUCUAUUAGGUUAAUGGUACUGUAUUGACUUCAGAGGAAGUAGUAGAAUUAAGAAAUCUAAAGAGCAGAUGAAUAUACUUCCAGGAAUAGUCUUCAAGGUGCCGCAAGACUUUUUGUGGUGCUUGCAGCCACAGACAACACAGCAACCCCCUCUGGAAUUUUUCUUUGCAAAAAGAGGUCGUGGGGUUAUUAAUUGUUUACGGUCAUAUGUGGCACCAGAUAUAUUAUCAGCUGCUCUAGAAUGCUAUUGCCACUCUUCCCCUCCCUAACCAACAAAAAUUGAAUCCCGACCCAUUCUGGCCUUUGAGAACUUUGCCAUUGGGUUCCAUACUAGCUUGGUUGCAUUGUGUGGUUAGCAUCUGCUCUGCUUUCUGUAGGCGCGCAGCAGUGAGCUGGAACCAUGCCCAUCAAGACAUGGUUCUUUUGCUUCUGCAUUCCUUUAUCUAUUCUAUUUGAUUCUUUCUCUGAGCAGGAGAACUUGAAAUUAAUGAAUGAAAGUAGAGCAGUUGUAAGAAACAGGAGCAGCCUGUGCAAUAUUUUUAGAAUAUGGUUGCUAUGAUACAAAAAUAGUGCGUAGUAGAUAUUCCCUUGUCCAUGUGCCAUGUUCCAUAUUUCCAUUGUUUUGACUAACACAAGUCAUACUUCUUAAAUGUUUUUUCAGGAAAGCAAAGGUUAUGAAUUUGAGUCCGAGACUGAUACUGAGACAAUUGCUAAACUUGUCAAGUACAUGUAUGACAACCGUGAAAGUGAUGAUAUCAGCUACACCACAUUGGUAGAAAGGGUCAUCCAACAGCUGGUAAUUCUACAUUUUUUCGUAAAACAUUUAUCACCCAUAGGAGGCAAUAUACAAUUCUUAUGUUUUGCCAGACCUUUUAAUAUGUUUCAUUGUGAGGUUUCAGGAAUUGCUUAGUCCAUUGCUGGUAUAGAGCAAUCUGCUUUCUCUUACAGCUGCUUUAGUCAGCAAUGUAAGACAUUCCUGCGUUGCAGGGGGUUGGACUAGAUGACCCUCUGGGUCUCUUCCAACUCUACAAUUCUAUGAUAAGCCAAGAGCAAAUGAAAGAGCCAGGAUCCUGUUUGCAACAGUAAUGUUAGUUCAUAGCUUUUACCAAACUAGAUGUAAGAUAAUUGACUAAUUUAGAGAAUAUCCUGUGAUACUCAGACUAGGGAUAAUGAUGAUGAGGAGGAUAAUAAUAAUAAUACUACCAAUACCUCUCAGCAGCUUUUGUUAUAGUCAGUCACAGUGUCGAAAUCCUGUUCAUCCAGAUUGGUCUUGGGAGUCUUUUCUUGUGGAACAAUUAAGGUUGUGUUGAAGGCGUUCUGCUUUAUCCUAUGGCCAUUGACUUAUACGGUGCCACAAGAGCCUAACCUGCCCCCUCCACAUGCUUUUUAAUGUCUGCAUGAAACUUCCAGGAGAAACACAUAAGGACACAAGAAAAGCAGAUUCUAAUCAGUUAUCUGGAGAUUUGGCUCGAGGUGUUGCCAGCUGUGACACACAGCUCCUUCUCUUGUUUCCAACUUCUCAUCCCUCUUGAAAUCCUGAAGGUGGUUCUGGGUGGGUGAGGGCAAACAAUCUGAGAUUAUAUCCAGAUAAAACAGAGCUGGGUAGGGAGAUUGCCUGCUCCCAAGCUUGAUGGGCUGCGGGUCCGGAAUGGGGUUACUUUGUCCCUGAAGAACCAAGCGCAUUCUCCUGGACAUUGGUGCUAACUGGGAAAGCCAAGAAAAUAGUGGUGGCACAAAGUGCAUUUUACCAGCUUGGACUGUCUCCCCAGCAAGAGAGGUUGGCUCUUGCCAGUCACGUUCAGACUGGACUACUGCAGUGCACUGUACCUGGGGCUGCCUUUUAAAGGUGGGUUCGAAAUUUUUGACAGUGCAGAAUGCAGUGUCCUAAAUUUUGGGGGGAACUGGGUGGUAGGGACAUGAGAUAGUCCUACUGUAUCAGCUGACCUGGUUACUAGUGCAUUUAUAAUGCUGAUUCUGACUUUUAAAGGCUUAAAGUGUUUUGUGUCCGAGAUAUUUGAAGGGUUGCCUUCACUUAUGCCAAGCUCCUGGUGCUCUGAGGUCAGCAGCGGGGGCCCUUUUAAUUUGCUGUCUCCAAAAGCAGUGGAAGCCAGAGGGGCAGCUCCACAGCUUUGGAAUUAACCACUUGUUCAUGGCUUCCCUAAAAGGUUGGUCUGCUUCUGCUGUUGGCUUUGAUGAUACUUUAGUAAUUUUAGGUUGUUUCCCUGGUCUCUCAGUAUAAUGUUUCUGAGACUUUUAAGCUGCAAUGUAUUGUAAGCUGCCUUGAAAGAGUUUUCUCCCAAAGGCUGCAUAUUAAUAUUUUAAUUAAAACAUUUAAAUGAUGUUAACUGAAAAAGUAAAGUGUUUGUUUGUUUGUUUGUUUUUCCACAAGGAAGGUGCAUUUGCCCUUGUCUUCAAGAGUGUUCACUAUCCUGGUCAAGCAGUUGGAACCAGGUAAAUACCGUCCCAGUAGUAUGUUCUGUGUUUCCCUAGGUCAGUUUCAUUAUUUUUGCACCCACACCUUCUUUUUGAUAGGCUAUCAUAGAUUUUAGCCAAUUUUGAAUUGGAGGAAAUUCUAUUUGCCAUAUCUAUUAUGCAACCUUAUGGUAUAAUAUUCCCUGUUUUUCAUGUUACCUGCUGAAGCAAAAAUAUUCUCUUAGAAAAAUAACCCCAUUCUUUAAUGUUGUUUCCUGCUAUCCAUGAAGUACCACAAACAGUUCAAAAUUAGCAAAACAAUUAACAUCUUGACUGCAAUUACUGUUUGGAUUUUCCAGCUGAAUCUGGGUAGUUAAAGUCAUGUUUGCACUCAUAUCAGUUCUAUAGCUUACUCCAAAAAAUUGUGAGAAUUGUAGUUUCUGAAGGGUCUGGAAACCUCUUUUGAAAAUCCUUUGCUUGCCUCACCCAGACCUGUAGUUCCCUUGGUUCCAUUAGGUGAAAGAGGGACUUUCAAGGCAGUGAUCUUGUUUGCACUUAACUGAUCUCAGUGGUACUGACUUUUGAGUAAGCAUGUCAGGGAUCAUCUGAUAUGUGUAAGACAGACAAGUCCUCAGAUGGGAAUCAGUUUGGUUUUUUAAAGAUUUUCUAUCAGUUUGGUUCUUUUAAGAUUUUGCUUGGUCUGCACAUCAUUGCAGUCUCAAAAUUCAGGGCUCUUGAGAGUUUGUCCCACAGAUUGUGAACUAUAAAUUCAGUUUGUCUGGGAUGCUUUUAACUGCAUUCUGUCUUGGCUUAAAAGCUGCCCAACUCUGAACUAUAUAGAUCUUGAGUUAGUGCUGUUUGCCAUCUGCAGGCUAUAAUUGAGAUCAGAUUAGUGAGGUUUCCCCCCCAUCUUUUUUGUUCUGUGCAAUUUUGAAGCUUGGAUCUGUGUCCUGGUCUGACACAAACGCCCCACCCCAGGCCCAUAACCCUGCCCCCUCCUCACAGGGUGCUUUGCUUGAACUUGCUAUCUCCAGGCCAAACUUUCUUCCCCUUGGUUAUAUCCUUCAACUUGGCUGUGCUGACACUUAGCUAAGCUGCAAAUGUGAUCAGGCCCUCCAAAGGGAAGAAUCAACGCAGAUACCCGUGUUUAUUGGCCAUGACAGCUGGAUAUCUUGUUUUCAGGAGAGGAAGCCCCCUGCUCAUUGGAGUGCGGAGUGAGCACAAGCUUUCUACUGACCACAUUCCAAUACUGUACAGAACAGGUAAAUAUUACAGCUCGAAGAAUUUCUCAACUCAUUUUCGUCUUCUUUUUUAAGGCAAGUGUGGCAGAAGUGAGAAGUUUGGUACUAUCUGCUAAAUUAAAACAAAAUAAAAAAAUUCCUUCCAGUAGCACCUUAGAGACCAACUAAGUUUGUUAUUGGUAUGAGCUUUUGUGUGCAUGCACACUUCUUCAGAUAUGCUAAAUUAAUACCUUAUUAAUAUGGAGGUGAGAUGCUAUGGGAGCCUUCUAAAAAGCAAACCCUAUUGGGUACAGGGACUGAUUUAAGGUACUGGUUUUGACCUUUAAAGUCCUUCAUAGCCUAAGACCCUCAUACCUAUGGAACCGCCUCUCCCGGUAUGCCCCACGGAGAGCCUCAAGGUCCAUAAAUAGCAGCACCCUAGUGGUCCCGGGCCCUAAGGAAGUCAGAUUAGCUUCAACCAUAGCCAGCGCCUUUUCAACCCUGGCUAUGGCCUGGUGGAACGCUCUGCCUCAUGAGACCAGGGCCUUGCAGGAUCUGAUUUCUUUCCGCAGGGCCUGUAAGACAGAGUUGUUCCGCCUGGCCUUUGGCUUGGAGCCAAUUUGAUUCCCUCCCCCUCUUUCUUCUUUCUUUUUCCUUUUUCCUUUCUUCUCCUGUGAUGAGGCUGCAUUUUAAUAUUUUAAUGUUUCAAUAUUUUAAUGUUGUAUUUUAAUCUUGUUUUUAAGUUGUAUUCAUUCAACUUGUUUUUAUUAUUGCUUGUUAGCCGCCCUGAGCCCGGCCUUGGCUCUUGGCCUCUUCUUCCCCAACUCUCACAAACCCUGUUCUGUUCCUAGGGAUUUCUGGGCAGAGGGAAGGAAUGAUUGUUAAAUCAUUCCACCCUUAGAUACACAGUGAGCAGCUUGGUUGUAAGCUACUCCCCUCAUUUUGCAUAAUAUCACUAUAUACCUUGUGCACGUGGCACCUUAGCUUUCUGGUAUGAAGACUGACCAGUAUCUUCAGCUCGUCUUGUCCCCCAGCAGAACAUCCCUGUGGCUGUAGGAAUGUACCGUAUUUUUUGCACCAUAACACUCACUUUUUUCCUCCUAGAAAGUAAGGGGAAAUGUCUGUGCGUGUUAUGGAGGAAAUGCCUACGGGUGGCAUGCCUACGGAUUUUCCUCCUCUAAAAACUACGUGCGUGUUAUGGUUGGGUGCGUGUUAUAGAGCGAAAAAUACGGUAUUCGUUCCCUUUAACUGGAGGGCAACUAAUGCUACAGUCUUAUUGGCUUGCCUGAGAAUUCCAGUAUCUCCACAGCAAGGUUUAUUGGCGCCUUCUUUAUUUAUUUUAUUUGAAUCUCAACUUUCAGCAAGCAACCCAGGAUAGGUGACUGGCUGAACACUGUCUAGCAAAGUUUGUGACUCGGCAGGGGUUUGUAGCUGGGUAUCCUCCCACUGUUCUGCUCCAAGUAUCUCCAUGCUGAUACUUCACCUUUCCAUGCAACUUGUCAUUUAGUCAUGUUAUGAAGGUUUAUUGGAAGUAUCUAUCCCAGGUGCAAAUGCUAAUUCAUGUAUUCAAGUGGGACAAUGGGUGCAGGAGCCUUCUUCUGCUGCUGCAAAACAGCUUCAUCUCAGCCCCAUGGGACGGAAAUUCACAGGACUUAACACAGCUCAAAAAGCGCCGUGUGAACUGCACUUCCAAGCCAAAAGUCUGCCUUCUGCUUGUCUCUAAUUUUUAUUUUAAAUUGACAUUGCUGAAGUUUCUCUUGUUGUCAAUGACACACUGAAGUUAUUUUUUUCAUAUUGCACUUUCAGCCACACAACCUAUGGAUCAUUCUAUUGAUGGAAUAUCCAUAAAAAUGGAGAAAGGUGCCUGAGACAUAAUUCUUCAUUCGAUGAGGAGUCCUGAAAAUGAAUUAAGACAAUCACUUUCUCUUUAAUAUGUAGCUGAUUGCUUUCCAUUUGAGAGGAGGGACCAGCUUCACAGGGUAUAGUCUGCUACUAUGUUCAUUUGAGCAGAACUUUUCAUUCUUUAGCCUGCUUUUCUGGGUGCAGAAGUGCAUACAGAAACAGUGUUCUUGGCUUUUGAUUGUCAAGAUGUGUAACCUUGUUUGUUCAAUGGAAAGUGGUGGCAACAUAUUAAAGAGAUGGCAUUGGGGGCGGGAGAUUCUGCAUGCGAGUAUCCUAAUGGGGCUUUCCCACUUAACCAAAAGGUCCUCUGAUCCCUCUCUCGCCUUCUCUGGUUUCUCUGCCUUCUGCUGAUUUUGUUAAUUUGAAACCAACAUCCGGAUUUGAGGAUGUCUGCCUUAACUGGAACUGGCCUUUUUCUUUUUUAAGUCAGUAUCAACAUGAGAGCCAUGUUUUAAUACUAAAAUUUAGAAUACAUUUAACAUUGGUGCUAUCAAGUACUGAUCUGAAUACUAACAGUUUGCCAGUGGGUAGAUAAUCACAGUAAAAAUGGGGGCAAUGCCAGGAAAAAUAUAUAAGCAAAUCCAAAUGUAUCUUUGCCUUUAAGGAAGAGCUGCUUGUUCUAUGAUUCACUGCUGCUUUAAAUCAUUUGUGUGCAAAUGUUCUUCGCAGAACAUGCCCAUAUUUUCAAUAGCUCUGACUGUCAGGUGUCUUAAGGCUUCAAUCCAUCUUGUGUCCUAUGAGAGCCAGUUCCACAGUUCCAUAGAUUUUACUAGACAGUACAGUGGUACCUCGGGUUAAUUACUUAAUUUGUUCCGGAGGUCCGUCCUUAACCUGAAACUGUUCUUAACCUGAAGCACCACUUUAGCUAACGGGGCCUCCUGCUGCCGCUGCGCCACCAAAGCACGAUUUCUGUUCUCAUCCUGAAGCAAAGUUCUUAACCUGAAGCACUAUUUCUGGGUUAGCGGAGUCUGUAACCUGAAGCGUAUGUAACCUGAAGCGUAUGUAACCCGAGGUACCACUGUACAUGCUAAAACUAUGGAGCUCGCUCCCACAGGAUGCAGGGAUGACCACCAGUUUCUAUGGCUUUAAAAGAGGAUUAGACAAAUUCAUGGAGGAGAGGGCUAUCAAUGGCUGCCAGCCACGAAGGCUAUCCUCUGCCUCCAAAGUUGGUCCUUGGUAUUUCUGACAAUUGUGAGAGUCAUCCUGAAUCAAUACUUUUUCAGGUACAACAUGCUUGACUCUAUUUUUUUAAAAAUAAUAUUUAUUAUUUUUCCAAAAACACUAAAAAAAGAAGAAAAAAAGAAAAAGAAAAACAAUACAAUACAACACAUCAAAUUAACAAAACAAGACUAAAACAAUAAAAUAAAUCAACCAAUUUCAUUAUCCCAUCUUUCAUUCACUUAUUUCCACGACCUCCUCACACCUCCCUUUUUGUAUUCCACUUCUGUUAAUUAUUUCAGCAAUUCCUUUCCAUCUUCCUCUGUUUUCUAUCCUAUAAUUAUCUUAACUCAUUCUAACCUUAUUUUUUCCCUUUAAUACUCUAUUAACCUAUCUGUACUUAAUUCCUUAUAAUAUUUCUACUAAAGCCAUAUAACUUCAUUUCAACAUUUUUCUAACAUUCAUUAAUUUUACAAUAUUUCUGUAGAUAGUCUUUAAACUUUUUCCAAUCUUCUUCCACCAACUCCUCUCCCUGGUCUCGGAUUCUGCCAGUCAUUUCCGCCAGUUCCAUGUAGUCCAUCAACUUCAUCUGCCAUUCUCAACAUGCUUGACUCUAGAGCAACCUGUUCAAAAUACAUUCUUCACUGCCCCAGUCCAAGUUCUCCUAAUGCAAACUACUCCAGCCAGCUCAGUUGUCUUCAGAAAAGCUAUUCUGGCUCUGAGGUUUUGAGGGCAGCAGCCCAACACCUGUAUUAGCUGCCUGUCCAGGGCCCACGUUGAAUUAAAGUUUAAGAACACCUGAUUGUCAUCUAUUUUUUUAAACUGACAAACACAGAACUAAUUCCAAAAGGCUUGGAUGUUGUGCAUGUGGAAUUGCUUAGAAAUUGGCUAGUUUAAAUCAUGUUCUUAAGAAAAGCUAGACUGUCAUUUUUACAUGACAGUCCCCACUCCACACCAAAAGGCAUUCAAAUGUUUCACAUCCUUCAUCCUUAGUCAAAGCUGAGAGCCAGUGUGGUGUAGUGGCGAGAGUGUCUGACUCACUCAGCCGAGAAGCUCACUGGAUGACCUUGGACCAGUCACUGCCUCCUAGCCUAACAGGGUUGUUGGGAUAAAAUGGUGAUGCAGAGGAGAAGUCCGCCGGCCUCCCUGAGCUCUGUGGAGGAAAAGUAGGAUAUAAAUGGAAGAAGUACAUAAAUAAAAUAAAAUUGCACAAGGCAGACUCCCUGGGAAAGCCUCCUGCACAGCUCCUGUUGAAAUGAAAAGGCAGUGGCAUUGGUCUUGCCCACUUCCUUUCAGUGGUGCUUCUGCAGGAAAUAUUCCCGUGGACUAUGCCAGCAACCUUUAAGAAAGUGAAGCUUCAUGUUGGUACUGUGACUUGGUGACUUGGGGUGAAUUUUAUCAAUGGAAUGAGGUGCCUUCGUUUGCUGUCAGUUGCUUUGUGCGCUCUUAAUGGCAGCUAACUGAGCUCUCUUGCCUCCGCAGGCAAAGACAAGAAGGGGAGUUGCAGCCUUUCCCGGGUGGACAGCACCACCUGCCUCUUUCCUGUCGAGGAGAAAGCGGUGGAGUACUACUUUGCAUCGGAUGCGAGGUCUGUGGCCCCCGUGGAGUCAGCCAAAGUUGCCUUGUCCUUGGCUUCCCACAGCAUGCACCAAGGAGGAGGUUGACUGCUAGGCUAAUGCAGUCAGUGACAGGCCACCUCUCUUGGAUGAAGGACCAGAGGGGAGAAGAGAUAGUGACUGGCAUUUGUGUGUCACUUUCAAGUAGCAUGUGUGUUAUAUGUGGCAUAAAAUGUUUCCUGACUCAACCUGUUUUGUAGACACCUUCAGCACCUAGUGUACUUCCAGUGGAACGGGAAAUGGGUGCGAAUCUAGGUACAGACUAGGUACUCUUGGUGUCAGAGCCUCUAAGGCAGGCUUCCUCAAUCUCGGCUCUCCAGAUGUUUUUGGCCUACAACUCCCAUGAUCCCUAGCUAGCAAGACCAGUGGUCAGGGAUGAUGGGAAUUGUAGUUCCAAAACAUCUGGAGGGCCGAGGUUGAGGAAGCCUCCUACUCUGAGCCUUCUGAUUAUUCUAGAGCCAGCAGGGUAUAGCUGAUAGUCUGGGACCAGCUUGUUGAUAUUUUAAAUUGCUAUCCUGCCUUUUCUGCCAAAGGUGCCCAGUAGGGCUCAUGGCUUCACAGUUGUGUGGGUGUUUGAAGCUUUCCAAGUGGCCUCAGAUCAAUUGCUAUAUCUCUGCCUAACAUGUGGUGAGGAACCAUAUAUGUUGGUGUCAGCUCCCUAGAGGGAGAGAAGGAUGGCAGUUAACUUUCCUGCCCUAAUAGCAUUGCUGUGGACCGCAGCAGAUGUUUGGAAUAUUUGCAAAAAUAAAUAAAAUUAUUUAUUAGCAAACCUGAAUAGCUUCCUACUCCUUAGCAGUUCUGAGAUCAGUUCUCCUGCAGUGUUUCAGCUCCCUUUUACCCACUCACCUACUGUUUAAUUUACUAAGCUUAUCAGGCGGCCUAUUUGGUCCUGUUGAAAGAGGAAAGUGAAACUACCAAAUGGGGUGUAUUCUGUCCCCCCACAACUUCUCAAAAUAGGGUAAAGAACACCAUAGCAUUUUGUGUGUGUCAUAAAUUUCAUUUUUAUGCUAUUAUACCACUUCAAAGGGACGUGGCUGGCACUGUGGUCUAAACCACUGAGCCUAGGGCUUGCCAUUCAGAAUGUCGGCAGUUCGAAUCCCCACGAUGGGGUGAGCUCCCGUUGCUCGGUUCCAGCUCCUGCCCACCUAGCAGUUCGAAAGCAUGUCAAAGUGCAAGUAGAUAAAUAGGUACCGCUCCGUCGGGAAGGUAAAUGGCAUUUCCGUGCGCUGCUCUGGUUCGCCAGAAGCGGCUUAGUCAUGCUGGCCACAUGACCCGGAAGCUGUAAAGCGAAAUGAGCGCCACAACCCCAGAGUCAUCCGCGACUGGACCUAACGGUCAGGGGUCCCUUGACAUUUACCUUUUACCUCUUCAAAAGCAAAGGAAUAUUUGGGUGUGUAGUUUAAUUACAGUUCUAGUCAGCCCAACUAAGUUCUACUCAAAGCAAAAGUAUUAAAACUAAUGAACCUCAGUCAUGUGCUUUAACUUCAGUAGGUCAACUAUGCGCAAAACUAGCAUUGGAUAAAAACCAUGUUUUAUGCAGGGUGUUCUGUUUUUGGGUACGAAACAACCCACAAAACGAUUUCAGGGGUCUGUCGGAGCCCAGGCGAACAUUUUACCCUAAGGGUUAAUUCUGCUCCAAUUCGACUUUCUUGAUACAGGAGUUAACACACUCAGUUAACACACUCAGUGUACAAACCUGCUACACUGAUUUCUUAUUUGCAAUGUUCAUCGGGGAGGGGGCACCUUUCAUGCUAUUUGGGUACAUUAGACCCACUCCUUCUCUGAGCACAAUAUUUAGGCAUCUUUUCCCUUUUCUUUUCAAGAGCUUACUGAUAGAUAGUCCAAUGAGGAAUUUAAAUUAACAUGGGGGGGGGUCGGGUCCAAUUAGACCAUGUUUUUGGAAUGCACAGCCAAUUAAAUCUAUUUUCUUAUGUUAAACAGGAAUGAUUUUGUGAUCAGUCAUGAUCUUUGUUUCUAGCUGGUCUUAAAAGGGCCUGUAAAAAAAAUGGAAGAGUGUUAAAUAAUGCAAUAAAAUUUGCAUAAGAGCUGAAAAGUAGGUUACAGUAAAAUGAUAAAGUAAGGAUAUUAAAAAUGAUCCAGUUAAUAUGGUAAGUUGCAGACCUUUCAUAGUUUUUUGGAGGGGAGGCUGUAGUUGUAUUCCAAUUCAGCAUUGUAUUAUUUAUCAUUGUUAUUAGUUGUAGUAGUAUUUCAAAGUUUAUAUAAAAAUACAAUAGGAUCAGUCAGCUCAACUCUUAUCUCAAGACUGGUAUAUCUACUCUUGCAAACACUCUGGUUCUAAUAUGGUUUCAUUACUGGAUAACUGGAGUCCAAUUGUUUUAUAAUGUGCCUAUUCAGUGAAUCUUACAAGUUAUUUGCCCUUAAGCAUGAUAAUCCAGAUUCUCCUCCUUCUAGUUUCCAUAGAUGGAAGUUGAACCAUUCUCUACUCUUUUACAGUGCAGUUAUUGAGCACACCAACAGAGUGAUUUUUCUGGAGGAUGAUGAUGUGGCAGCUGUUGUGGACGGCCGUCUCUCCAUCCAUCGAGUCAAGCGCACAGCGGCUGAUCAUCCUAGUCGUGCUGUCCAGACCCUACAAAUGGAGCUCCAGCAAAUCAUGAAGGGUAUGUCUAUGUUGAUAGUCAGGGCUUCCCAGUUUCAGGUGUGUGUGUUGUUUGUGAAGAUCCUUUCUGGAGGUUCGCGGGAACACAGGCUACCCACCUGAAGGCUUACAUUUUUUAAAAAAAAUGGCACAAAAUGGGAAAUAGACAGGGAGGGAAGAGGGAAAUCAGAAUCAAAACUCAGGUAGUAAUUUCUAAACAAUUGUUCCAGGUGGCACGGUCCAAGAGCAGGACUCCAUUGGCUCUGCUGCUUGAGUCGUAGUUUAUGUAUCAUAACUGAAUUGGCUGCGUUUUAUUCUUUUCUUUACAUUUCCCAGGCAAUGUUUAGCCCAUGUUCACUGUACUAAAAUAUUUAUAUAUAAGAAGUUGCAAUAAUAAUAAAACACCACGUUCUGAAAUAACUAACAAGAAAAUAUAAAGAAUUUCUGCAUCAGCAAAAAGGACAAAAUUAUAUUAGCAUGGCUACUAGUACUAUUAGGAUACAUUCUAGUAAGCAGGACAUUUUUCAGCCAGAGCUCACCAGAACUCAGUUCUGACACCUCUCAGGUGGUCGCCAUUGCCAUCAACAGGUAGCUUUGUUAACAGAAUAAACAUUGCAGUGUUGUUUCCAUCCAGUCUACAUUUUGCUGCUGUUUUGUUUUUUUUAAAGGUAACUUCAGUUCAUUCAUGCAAAAGGAAAUUUUUGAACAACCAGAAUCCGUUGUCAACACCAUGAGAGGAAGAGUCAACUUCGAUGACUACACCGGUAACUAAGUCAAAAGCAUGUCAAUGGUGUUUUGGUUUUUGAGGCGCUUUUGCUUAAUAAAGUACUGCUGAUUAAGGGGAGAGGGGACACAACAGGAUGUUCUGUAUACGGAGAAAUUCUCUGCCCCUUUUGCAAGGAUGAUUCAUAGAAUUGUAGAGUUGGAAGGGACCCCAAGGGUCAUCUAGUCCAACCCCCUGCAAUGCAGGGAUCACAACUGAAGAAUCCCUGACAGAUGGCCAGCCCAACCUCUUCUCAAAUACCUUCCAUGAAGGAGAGUCCUCUACCUUCUGAGAUACUUGGUUCCACCAUCAAAUAGCUGAGGUAGAAGUUCUUCCACACUAUUCCACCUCUGCUUUCUGUUGAUUGCAUUUUGACCACUUUGCUGCUGAGCAAGUUUCCCUUCUCCUCUGGGAUGCUUAGUGGGACUGGGGGGUUAUGCUGCCACACUUGGUACUUGCCUUCUUCCUGCUUAGGAAAGUGUCUAAGGAGAUGACAUUUGCUUGACCCUACUGUGUACUGUGGGACGCGGGUGGCGCUGUGGUCUAAAUCACAGAGCCUAGGGCUUGACAAUCAGAAGGUCGGUGGUUCGAAUCCCCGCAAUGGGGUGAGCACGUCAAGUGCAAAUAGAUAAAUAGGUACUGCUCCAGCGGGAAGGUAAACGGCGUUUCUGUGCGUUGCUCUGGUUCGCCAGAAGCGGCUGGCCACAUGACCCGGAAGCUGUCUGCGGACAAACACCGGCUCCCUCAGCCAGUAAAGUGAGAUGAGCGCCGCAACCCCAGAGUCGUCCGUGACUGGACCUAAUGGUCAGGGGUACCUUUACCUUUACUGUGCACUGUAGAUGAUGAGAGGAGGGGAAACUCUGACAUUCCUCUAAAUGAACAAUAUAAUUCCUGAAGUCUUAGUUGAAAUGUCUCUUAUGUUUUUCCUUGAGUAGUAGUAGUAGUAGUAGUAGUAGUAGUAGUUAUCAUGUUAAAUACCAAAACCUUUGUGUCUACAUUUAUAAUAGUGAAUCUUGGGGGUUUGAAAGAUCACAUCAAGGAGAUCCAAAGGUGUCGACGUCUCAUCCUAAUUGCUUGUGGAACAAGCUACCAUGCUGGAGUUGCAGUAAGUGGCUGACUUUGGGUUUUCCUUUUGAGUAGCAUCUCAAACACAUUGAACAAAUUAUUAGUGCUGUGAUCCUACGAUGACGUCUGUGAAGCUAUGGAAAGUGGAUGCUGAUAGGUGAAUGCGGCUCUUUUAUGGCUCCUUGUAACUGUGACCCGUCCUUGUAGCAUCAUUUCAUUGGUCUGUUUGGUUCUGCAGAUGGGAGGCAUAUCUCACUGAAAUUACCUACUGGGUCAUUAAUUCUUAACUGGAGCAUGGAAAGACAUACUCAGUAGAACACGUAGGUGACAACUCCUAGGGACUGAGGUUCCUUCCCCCUUCCCGAAUAAAAUAUUGGAGGGGGCCGGCCCCCUGCAAAGUUGAUGGGUAUUCAAAUGGUGUGCGUGUGCCGCGUCAUGAAAUUGAUUGUCCCCCGCCCCCCCAAUAUUUUAUUCAAGUUGGUACCCCUGGUUGAACAUUUGGCAUGUUGGGAGUCUUACCAGAAUUGGAAACUCACUCCAGUUCUGAUGUAAUAAAUCACAUUUUCUUUGAGGCCUGUAUAGUUUAUUUUGCCUAUGAGAAUAUGUUUUAAUGAUGCCGACCUUGGACCCGCUUUUCAUUUCUUGCACUGAAACUGAAGAGCCAAAAUGACACCCCUUGUCCCUGCACACUUUCUCUCUCUUUAAAAGAUGGAGAGUGGGAGCAGGAAGUGUUCCCUCCGGAAUCUGCUGCACUGCUUCAUGGGCUGAGGAGUAUGUGACUUCCCCCCUUUUUCUUUUCUUUUCUUUACCAGACACGUCAAGUUCUGGAAGAGUUGACUGAAUUGCCUGUCAUGGUAGAACUUGCCAGUGACUUUUUGGACAGGAACACUCCAGUCUUCAGAGAUGAUGUCUGCUUCUUCAUCAGCCAGUCAGGUACGGACGGGUCUUUGGCCUGGGAGCAGUGCUGGGCAGGUGGCAGGCCAAACAGACCAGUAGGUGGCUACCUUUGGCUAGGCUCAUGACCUUUGACCUGGCAUGCUACCGAGGAGGGAGGUUUAGAAUCCUGUAGAGCCAGGAGCCACCAAGUCCAGUCAGGAUUCUCCCGGCUGGAGCUCUUAGCACAUGGUACUUCUUGGCCAUUGCUCAUACAAACAAUGUGUGUUUCUGUUUGUUUGUUUGUUUGUUUGUUUGUGUUUUUAGAAGUAAUGAGUUCGGCAUGCUUAGAACCAGACAUGUGCAAGUUAUCCGGGGCAAAAUGUAAGAGUUUCAAAACAAAGGACAAACCCUAUGUGAAUGUAGUGAAAUGCAGCCUGAAUUUCAUGCCUAAAGCUGAGUUUCAAAUAUAAGCUAAAAAUUAAAUCAUGUGGAUACAUAUUUAUUAAUUAUGUGUUUGUGAUAUUUAUCUCUAUCUCCCGCCUUUUCCUCAGUCCGGGACUCAAAGUGUGUCUUACACAAAUUAAAAUGACACAAAUAAAAUGCAAAAAAUGAAAAUGGUUAAAAAGUAAUUAAACUAAUAGAACUAAAACAAUAUUAUUAUUUUUUUAAAAAAUCAGGUGUAUUUUUACUGAAGGACCCUUUCUACUUUACCAGAAUAGUAGUUUUGACUAUUUAUACCAGGGGUCAGCAAACUUUUUCAGCAGGGAGCCGGUCCACUGUCCCUCAGACCUUGUGGGAGGCAGGACUAUAUUUUUUUUUGGGGGGGGGAUAAACUAAUUCCUAUGCCCCACAAAUAACCCAGAGAUGCAUUUUAAAUAAAAGGACACAUUCUACUCAUGUAAAAACACACUGAUUCCUGUCUGUCCGUGGGCCGGAUUUAGAAGGCGAUUGGACCAGAUCCGGCCCCCGGGCCUUAGUUUGCCUACCCAUGAUUUAUACUAUAAUAUAGUAUAAGUAAAAAGGGGCUAAAUAGCCAAAACUGUUUUUUAUAAUCACUUCCAGCACCGCUGCUGCAUUGAAAAUGAAAUGUUACUGUUCAGAUGAAAUGGCUGAAGCCUGGGCACUUUGGUUUGCCAAAAAAAACCUUGUUCUGUGGAAUAAAAGCUACAAACCAAUUGUAGAAUCUUCUGCCCUCCUGGACACAUGAGUCGUAUUGGGUAGUCACAAACAGCAGAUUCCUUGCAGGGUUUCCCAUCCCUCUGGGGCAGCCUUCACCGACCAGUGCCCUCCAGAUGUUGUUGGACUGCAACUCCCAUCAGCCCCAGCCAACACAGCUGAUGGGAGUUGUAGUCCAACAACAUCUGGAGGCUUCUUUACCGCACAGUGAUUUCUUCCUUGGCCAGGGGAACUGCUAGAAUAUAUUUUGAGCGUAGAAGGCGCCUCUUAGAAUGCUCCCUGCUGACCAUAGUGAUAGUAGCCGGCCAAAGGAACGGUAGGCAUUGGCAGUCAGCAGGCUGGGGAUUUGACACCCUCUGCUGGUGAUUUGCAGGCAUGCUCGUAAUCUUCUUUGCCAUGCACUUGGUAUUCCUGUUGUUUCAGCAUUUUCAGUGUAAUAAUAUAAUGAAUUCUCUAAAUUCAUAAGAAGUAGUUAGUAGUUUGAGUUGUUUUAUGAAAAACAGCUGUAAUUAUGUCCUGUAGUUUAACUCCAUACACAUAACACACACAGCCAUCUAGACAGAUCAGUCUAGAUUUGCUUGAGUGCCAGUGGAAUAUAUGAAUGGUUCAUUGGUAGGGAGAUUUCUUUCCAGAAUGUAUUGCUAAAAGGAUUUGGAAUCCUGUAGAUAUUUGCCUAGGUUACCUACUUUACUCUUGCCCUUUGCAUCAUUCCAAAAACAGUGUGCAAUUUUGGUAUUGCUUAAAAUGAACAAUACCCCCUCAGUUUGCCUUCUUAACAUCUGGCUGCUAUUCUCAUUACAAUAUCUUGUCCGGUUUAUUUAGAUAUUUUAUAUCUUGCCUUUCUGCAUCUGGGUAUACUCCAGGCAGCUCACAUAAAGGAACAAGAACAAAUCAUAAAAUCCAGAUCAGCAAUAAUAUGUUUUCCCUAGCUAGUAUUGUGUUGUAAUGCAGCUGUCUUCUGUUCAUGAUGCUGAGCAAAGAAGUGGAAGAACUAGAGUUCUUCAGAGAGCAUUGCUGCUUUGCUUAGGUCUGUGGUUUCUCAUCUAUGGUGCCUAUCUGCAGCAGCAGAAAAAAAAAAGUUAAUGCAUUUCUAGGCUGCAUAACAGAAGUUGAGUGUCCAAAUCAAGGGAAGUUAUAACAACACACUAUUCUGCCUGGAUCAUAGCUGUCAACAUUUUUUAAGGGAAAUUCCCUUAUUCCGAAUAGGAUUCCUCGCAAGAAAAGGGAAAAGUUUGACAGCUAUGGCCUGGAUCAUACCCAGCCUGGAGUCCUGUGUCUAGUUCUGGACACCACAGUUUAAGAAGGAUAUUGAAAGCUGGAAGGUGUGCAGAAGAGGAUGACCAAAAUGAUAAGGGUCUGGAAACCAAGCCUAAUGAGGAACAAUUGAGGGAAUUAGGUAUGUUUAGCGUAGAGACGCUAAACAUAUAAGGGACACGGGUGGCGCUGUGGGUAAAACCUCAACGCCUAGGACUUGCCGAUCGCAUGGUCGGCGGUUCGAAUCCCCGCGGUGGGGUGCGCUCCCGUCGUUCGGUCCCAGCGCCUGCCAACCUAGCAGUUCGAAAGCACCCCCAGGUGCAAGUAGAUAAAUAGGGACUGCUUACCAGCGGGAAGGUAAAUGGCGUUCCGUGUGCUGCGCUGGCUCGCCAGAUGCAGCUUGUCAUGCUGGCCACGUGACCCGGAAGUGUCUGCGGACAGCGCUGGCUCCCGGCCUAUAGAGUGAGAUGAGCGCACAACCCUAGAGUCUGUCAAGACUGGCCCGAACGGGCAGGGGUACCUUUACCUUUACCUAGCGUAGAGAAGGCUGAGAGGUGAUAGGAUAGCCACCUUCAAAUAUCUGAAGGACUGUCACAUAGAAGGUGGAGCAAGCUUGGUUUCUGUUGCUCCAGAGGGUAGGAUCUGAAGCAGUGAAUUAAAAUGAGACGAAAUGAGAUUCUGAUUAAACAUCAGGAAUGACUUUUUGAUGGCAAGAACUGUUGGACAGUGGAACAGUCUCCCCUGGAAGGUGUUGGACUCUCCUACAUUAGGGGUUUUUAAGCAGAGGUCAGAUGACCAUUACUCAGGGAUUUUUUUAGCUGUGAUUCCUGCAUUGCAGGGGGUUGGGCUAGAAUGAUUCUAUGGCCUCCAGGUUGAGCAUUUCCUGACUCUGAUGGUGUCUGUCUCUCUGCAGGUGAGACAGCAGACACCCUGAUGGCCCUACGCUACUGCAAGGAGAGAGGAGCCCUGACUGUAGGAAUCACAAAUACUGUGGGGAGCUCCAUAUCUCGCGAGACAGACUGCGGGGUUCACAUCAAUGCUGGGCCAGAGAUUGGGGUUGCCAGCACAAAGGUAAGGGUUCCUUGUGUCAUCAGAGGCACUCACACUUGGCACCAAUAAAGCUCAGUUGAGUCACGUAGAUUUGCAUAUCUUGUAAUACAUGCAUCUGUUCUGAAUCUUAUGCUUCACUGCAGGGGGUUGGUCUAGAUGACCCUCAGGAUCCCUUCCAAAUCUACAAUUCUGUGAUUUCUCAAGGAAGCAGGGGCAGGCAUAGGGGUUCUUUCCCAGUUCAUCUACAGUGUGCAGAGGGUGUUUAGAAAUACCCGCAUUUUGAAUAGUUCAGGUUGCGUUAAGUUGAAAGAGGCAUAAGUUCUUAAAGAAAUCCUCAUUUGAAGUGCAGGCACACAGCCCAACCCCUUUCCCAGCUAUUAUUUAUUUGAAUUUUUAGCUGCUUGUUACCCAGAAGCCUGCAAUCGACUUACAAUAUAUUUAUUAAAACAAGCAUUAAAAUGUUAAUGCAUUCAUGCAAAAACACAGUGCAUAAAAAUAUACAAAGCAGCCUCCCCGUAACAGUCACAGGAAGCACGGGAGUUCCCAUGGGGCUUCCAAGGCUUGCGCACAGCAGCCUGCAGCCUGAAACCUGGGGAGUGCAGCGGAGCGCACCCCGGGCUUUGGGCAGCUUUCCGCAAGCCUUGGGAGCCCCGCGGGAACUCUGGCGAGCUCCCAAGGCUUGCGGAUAGCUUCCCCCCCCCAAAAAAAAACUAGGUGCGCCCUAUGGGGCGAAAAAUACGGUAAAUGAUAGGUAAUCUCUUGGUGUAUGUCAUUUUCAUGUGCAUGUAUAACUCAACAACUUUUUGUAUUAAAUUAUUCUUUAAAGCUUUCAAAAAACAUACCAUUAACACCCAAACAUUGGAAGAGUCUUUGAGCAGUGAAUAAGGCAAGAUCCCGGGUGAUGGGAUCUCUCCCUAUCUCAGUAGAUUCCCACCAGGGCUUCCUACAUCUCCUCCCUGCUGCCUAGAGCUGCUUUCCAUGGUUUGUUGUGUGAGCUGCUGCUGCAGCUGGCCAUUCUCCACUCUUCCCCCCUCCCUUCCGCAGACCUCCAGGCUGUAGAUCCCCUGAAGAACACCUUUAAGAGCCAAUGGCCCUCCUAGGCCACCAUCCUAUUCUCACAGUGGCCAGCUAGAUGCUUGUGGGAAACUCGCAUGCAGGAUCUGAGCACAAGAGCUUUUAUCUGUCCUGAAUCCUCGCAACACCCUUCCUCGGGGUAGGGUGGGGGGUCAAAGAGGGUUCCUGGCAAAUACCUCAAUGUUUCCUCAAGGUGAUUGAGCUGCUUCCUUUUCCCCUUAAAAUUUGAAAUGAGGCAUUUAACAAAGAACGAGCCUCGGCCAAGAUUUGUAUGCUAAGGCGCCUGCUGCUUUUUCAUGGGGAACGUGCUGCAAUGUUACAUGAGCUGAGAGGGUCUGAAUUCACUUGUUCAGGGUAUUCAUUGCAGCUGAGAGUCCAGCUCAUUUUUAGCCUGCAUUGGCAGUUUUGAAAAUAUUGGUGUUCCUUUCCGCGAAGCCAGUUAAGAACUUGAGAAACUGUUUCUUAGGCUGUUCCAGAGACCCAGGUAAGGAGCCACUGUUCUGGUCCAGAGGCACUGGAGCCUGGGGUAACCUAUGGCAAUGAGAGGGGAGAGGGCCACUGGACCAGAUAGCAGGCAAGGAUCAAUGGUUCCUAGCCAACCAUGGCUAUGUUCUGUCUCCACUGCCAGGCAAUAUACCUCUGAAUACCAGUUGCUGGAAACCGCAGGAGGGGAAUGUACUUGUUUCCCACUAUUUGGCCACUGUGAGAACAAAAUGCUGGACUAGUUGGGAAGUUAUUAACUGGGUGGGGUGAUGGUCACCCAGACCUUCCUGGUCCAAGCACAGCACUCUGUCCUCAGCAUCUGGCUGCCCAGGUCUGGGAGGAGUAUAAACCUGCCUUUUUGUUUCAGGGGCGCUAUUUUUUCCUGCUCAGGCUCCCGAGCAUGUUGGCGGCAUCCCAAAAUGAGCAGAUGUUACACAUUACAUUCUCCCCCCGCCCCCAUUUAAGACUGCAUUUCUGGAAUAUGUAAUCACCGUUUAGGAUAAAGAAUCGAAGUUAACUCAGACAAUGCUUUCUGGAGGAAACUAUUGAUAAACUGAGAAGGCAGCUGAUGGAAAUUGUCAGACAAUGACAGGCCUUUUUCAAGUUGCAGUGGUGGAACCUCCAAACUAGAGUCAAUACUUAGGAGUCAAUAGAAAGUAGCUCCUCUAAAUUAAUAACAGUUUGAAAUCAGUGCUUUUCCCUACAUCUUGCCAUUCAGUGCUCUAGAUACUGGACCCCAUCGGUCUCUAGAAACAAGGUUCUUCCAAAGAGGGAUUUGGAUUUAGGGCUGGACUAGGAUGCACACCCUCCCUCCGACACAGACACACACACAUUUCCUCCUCAGAGCUAGCCUUUCUCUGCACUGAGCAUACCCAGGUUCUCAGCCUGCUCUUGAGUUGCUGGGUUGGGCCUGUUGUUUCCUCUCUAAUCAGGCUAGAAGGAAAAAGGAGAAGAUUGCAGGGCCUGCCCCUUUCUGUCAGCCUUUAGACAGAAUUUAGACAGAAUUCAGGGGUAUUGACUGGCUCCCCCCCCCCCCCCCCGCCCCGACACUUUCCUGCCUAAGGAUGUGAAGAUGUACGAGUGCGAGUUGUGCCUUGGGUGCAGGAUCUCUGCCUCUGCCCAGGCAUGAACAACAAAAUUACAGAGCCUCCAGCUGUAAGGACUGGCCACACACUCAGCUGCUCCCUUAUUCUUACUCUCCAGGUUAGCUAGGGUAAUUGUUGUCAUCAAGUACGUUUGAGGGUGGCCAGAUUAGAUGCCUGGUAUAAGCUUGACCUGAUGGUGUCCCUUUGCUGUUAGCUGGAGGUAAAAUGAAAAGCCUUGUCUGUGGCGAUGGAGCUCCCUUGGAUUUGGUGUCCUCUUUCUCACUGGAAGAACCAAUCCUUUCUGGUGCUUAGGGGCUGUGCUGGGUUUAUGCCAGGGUCAAGUGGGAUAGUGAAGCCCUGUGGGCACCUGAGGCCCCCACUUUUAUCCCAGCAGUACCCUCCUGAGCUGCUUUCAGGUGUGAGUUUUGGGCAGCUUGCAGCAUCUUAGCAAACCUGGCAAGCAUAUGCACAGUGAUGUCCUCUCUUUCCGCAGGCCUACACAAGCCAAUUUGUGUCGCUAGUGAUGUUUGCGCUCAUGAUGUGUGACGACAGGAUUUCCAUGCAAGAAAGACGGAAAGAAAUCAUGCGAGGCCUCAAGUUAUUGCCAGGUGCGUACGGGCGCUCUGAGGCGUCAUGACAAAAUGUGAUUCUUUGAAGGAGAACAGCAAGGCGAGGAUUGACUCAGUGAGGGUAGUGGGACCUCUCACUUGCUUCCUGGUUUUGUGAGAAGCUGGGAGAUUUGAAGCAGCAAGGAUCUCAUCCAGAUCAGGUCCCUCACUGCCACAUAGCCUGCAUGGAGCUGCCUCUGAAGCCGGAGUGUUCUCUGAUGCUCCAUUCUUGGUUAAUCCACACUAGCUACCAAUCCAUUUUUAGGCAUAGUUCAAAGUGCUGGUUAUUAAACAGUUUUGGAGUAGGAUCUUUGACAGGCUGCCUCCUGCUGCAUGAGCCUGUUUGUCUGCUGCACUCUUGCUGGAGGCCUUCCUCUGCAAUCUGCUGCCAUCGGAAGUCUGGGCUGGGUUGAGUGGCAGGGCCUUUUUGGUUCUGGCACCCAGAUUCUGGACCUCAGGAAGCCUAGUUAGAAUCAUAGAAUUGCAGAGUUGGAAGGGACCCUGAGGGUCAUCUAGUCAAACUCCUUCAAUGUAGGAAUAUGCAGCUGCAACCUUGACAUUGUCAGCACCACACUCUAACCAGCUGAGCCCCUUUUUUCGUGGUGACUAGUGCUCUCUCUCUUUUGCCAAGCUUUUGGUUGUGGUUUUUUGCUCAUUGUUCAUCUUACUGCUUUGAUUAUAUUUUAAUUGAUGAAAUUUGUCACUUUGGGGAGCUAAAGAUGGUCCCCCCCUUUCCCUUUUUUAUUAAAGAUUUUAUUGGUUUACAAAAGUAUGAGCAAUGACUCUCUUUUUUUCCAAGUAACAUUUUUACAAAUGAAACAUCAGUUUCAUUUGUUGAGACAUUAGUGUUAUAUUAGGAAGAAAAGGGGGAAAGAGGUAGAGGGGGAAAGGUGAGUGGGGGUGGGGUCGGGUUGCGAUGUUUCUGUUUUACUUAAUAUAUGUGUGGAGUUUUGUGUCAGCAUCGUUUGUGCAGGUUCUCUGCUAUUCACUUGUGUUCCUUUGGUGGUGAGAGAGGUUGGGGUUGGCCUAGGGUGUGGUUGUUCAUUUGUGAUUGGCUGUGGUGAUCUUUGUUUUCAUGUGUGAGUGGGGUGGGUGGGUGUUUGGAUCAGGUUAGCCAUAUUGGUUCGUAUGCUGUUGGUGGAUUUUUGUCAUUGUCUUGUUGGGCUGUGUAUGUGAUAAAGGGGAGCCAUACCGGGGUGAAGGCGUCUGCUAAAGAUGGUUUUAUAAAUAAAAUAAACAGAUGAGGUCUGUGGGUAAACUCUUCAGCUGUAUAAGAUGGGCUUGUGCAGAAAUAAUCAGUUGCGUAUGAAAGUGAAAACAGUCAUAUCUUCAAGAGAACAAAACAUAUUUAUUUAAAAGCCACAUCAAGCAUUGCAUCAGUGUAUCUUGGUUCUUUAUUGUCACAUCCUCAAAUGUGGAUCACUUUAUAAGUUACGAGAACAGGUUCCAGAGUUCUGUUGGAGGAUUUAGAAAAACCACCUCCCACCUCUUUUCUUCGGUGCCAAUGAAACCCCAAUAAAAAUUGGUGGUCCAGGUGGUGGUUACUAUUACUUUCUGAAGAUCCACUGAUUUGUGCAGUUUUCAGUGCAGCAUUUAAAUGCCACAUUGAACAUUGUUUCCAAAGUGCAUGUAAGUGUGAUUGCAGAUUGUUAACCUGUGUGUUAAUACGUUGCCUCCCUCUUGCUACUUGCGAUAGACUUGAUCAAAGAAGUCCUGAGUAUGGAUGAUGAAAUCCAGAAACUGGCCACGGAGCUUUACCACCAGAAGUCAGUCCUCAUUAUGGGCCGUGGUUAUCAUUAUGCGGCAUGCCUGGAGGGCGCUCUGGUAAGAAUCCCCAUUUCCUUCAAUAUUAAUAAUAAUAAUAAUAAUAGGCUUAUCCAUCAUUAUUUGUGUUCCAGUUUGGAGGGUCAGACCUGAAAAUGAGGAAGGGCGUUUUUAAAAGCAUGUCUCUAGUCAUUAUAACUGCAAAGAGAGGGUUUGAAGCUGCUGUCCCCAACCUGCUGCUCUCCAGAUGUUUUGACUGCAACUCACAUCAGCCCCAUCUUGUGUGGGAGUUGUUGUAGUCCAAGUGAACUGGAGAGCACUGGAUUGGGGAAGGCUGGUUUAAAGUGUAUGGGCAAUCCCUGACAACAGAAAGAAUCCCAAAUGGACUGAGUAGGUUUUCUAAAGGUCAGAAAUGAAGGUUUUAAAUCAGGCCUGCAAAUAUUGUUGUCUGCUAAACCGAAUGCAGCUCAGCAGCCGUCUCCUGUGACCUACCAAGAGUUUUGCAGUUCUCAUGGUAGUUUCUUGCAUUUCUGCAGUCUGGGGCAGGCAGAAACCAGCUGGAGGGUUUUGGAGUCACUAUCCACAGCUGUUGGUUUGCUUUUGGCUUGGUGGAGCAUCUUUCCCCCCAAAGAGCUCAUGGUGGCAUGCACGGUUGCCCCUUCUCAUUUAAUCCCCACAAGAACCCUGUGAGGCAAGUCGGGCUGAGAGGCACUGACUGGCCCCCAAGGUCACCCAGCGAGCUUAAUGGCUGAGCGGGGAUUUAAACCCUGGCCUCAGGAGGAUCUUUGUUUUAGAGAGAGACUUCACAGACUAAUGUGUUGCACCUUCUCUGCAGAAAAUAAAAGAAAUCACCUACAUGCACUCGGAAGGCAUUCUGGCCGGGGAGCUGAAGCAUGGGCCCCUUGCCUUGGUCGAUAAACUGAUGCCUGUCAUCAUGAUCAUCAUGAGGGACGGCACAUACACCAAGUGCCAGAACGCCCUGCAGCAAGUCAUUGCCCGGCAGGUGAGUUCAGGCAAGAAGAGACGGAACCCAGCUCUGCUCCACAAAGUCCCGUCUUCCUUUGUUCCUCCUCAGGGAUAAAGGAUGAGGCACUAGAAUUGGCAGUGGCCAAAGGUAUCGGAAGUGGGUGGUGGGAAAGAGGGACCUGUUUCCUCUACCCCUCAAUCCUUGGUCUAAGGGUUUCGUUCACCUCUUGCUUGUGUGUGAAUUCCAGGUUGGAAUGUGGGAUCCUCAGGCCCCUUUUGAGGGGUCAGGGUCACAGCCAAGGCUGCUGGCAUUCCUCAGGCAAGAUUUCCUCCUUGCACAGCCAGACAGUUUUACUUUUAUUAUUUAUUGCAUUUAUUUCCUGCCUUUCCCCAAGGAGCUCAGGGUGGCAUACAUUCUUCCCACAACAACCCUGUGAGAUAGGUUAGGCUGGGAGGCCUGAGAUCGCCCAGUGGGAAUUUGAACCCUGGUCUCCCUGGUUCAACACACUAAUCACCACCACUGGCUCUCCUUGCCCUCUCCUGCAUCUGCUUAGUUGUCUAGAAGUCUUGCCUGCUUAAGGCAUGGAUGGGCAAGCUGAAUAUCCAAGAUGCUUGGGAGGGGGCGUUCCUCUUUGAAGCUGAAUAGCUCUUUCCCCUUUACGGAUGUUUCUAGAGGACAAACGUAACCGCAUCUGUUCCCGUGCUCCCCCUGUAGCCAACCCCUUGGUUGCGAAACCCAUUCCUUCACCCCCACAUUUACGUAUAAAUUUCUGCCCCAUAUUUCUGUCAAAUGGGAAGCCUGAGCGAAGGGAGCUGGUCAGUGUCUCCAGCUUUUUAUCUCCUGCCGUUCAGCAGCUCAGGAGGCACUUUGACCUCCGCCAGCUCUAAUGCCAGAACUGAGUGGCAGUGCCUGGAGCAGUGGAGAAAAGGGGUGAGGGAAGAAGCGGGAGGGCAGCACUUCUUCCAGCCAUGAAAACGAGGCUCUGAACCUGAACAGGAGCUGAAGGAAAUAGCCAUUUCCAAUGGUGUUUGCUUCUCUGUCCCUUGAAGACUUGCCUCCUGGCUUUCUCCUCUUAUGAUCUUCUCCAGAGUGAAACGAAACUAACCGCAUCCGCUCUCCCCUGUGUUUUCCCUCAAGAGUAACAUAAACCAAUAACUAGGGAGAUGGUAAAUAACUGAAAAGUGUGUUUCUUGACUACGCACAUUGUUUUCAUUGGGGCCGACAAAAGUGGCAUGUGGCAAAUGAAAUGGCAAACACCUGCUGGUUCCAGGCUGAGGCCCUCUUCAACUCCUUACAGGCACAGCUUGUUGCUGGAAAAAACGAGGAGGCCUCUUCCAUCCUCUGUAGCCCCACCUGAGCCAGCACAACACUUUGUGAGGCACCUUCAAGGCUCCCAGGCUUCCGUUUCUCCCUUUUUUGGUGGGAACCAGCCAGAAUGAUGCCGAGGAGAGUGGCUUCCAGACCAGCCCCAUCUGGCCAGCAAGCAGAAAUCACCUUCCAGGCUGGCUAUUGUGACACCUUUUGAAUUCCGCUGGCGCAGCCUUAUUUCACUCGUGGGAGAAAAGCACUUUUUGCCCUGAGACAAAAGUCUGAGGAGACAAAAGAGUUCAUGGGGCAGGAUUGGUGGGGGUAAAGAGACAGCCAUCCCUCCUAGCUUGGUUCCCCCUCUCCCACACAGGACAGGGGCACAGCCAGAGCAAAGGAGACUGGCUUGCGCUGCUCUCUGGGUACCCAUGUUCCCUCCAGCCUGCCUGCCUUCUUCCUGGCCCAGGAGCUGGGUCAAGCAGUGGCCCAGCCCAAGUGAUUUGCCCCGAGUUUUGCUCAGCCACGCUCUGUGGCCUGGUGCCAUCUGCAAAGCAGGUGCAGGAAUGCUGCCAGCAGACACCAGUGUGACGCUUGCAGGGGAGAGGGACUGAGACUGCUCUCCUCUGUCACAGUUUGGGGUCUAGCACUCCAAGACCUGCUUGCAGCAGCUGUAAAAUGCCACCCCGCAGCAAUUGGAACCCACAGGUGUCAAAGAAAGCUGUGAAGGUGCAGUAAAUCAUACCCUGAAGGUGGUGGUGGAGGAGCAGUGUGAUUCUUCUGGCCUGCCAUUUCCCUAUGGUGCCUCGGAGACCUCUCAGCCUUUGUCUCAUCUUUCUCUCAAGGGUGUGGAGAGACUGAACCUAAGAGGUGGAUGGAGGCCUCCUAAGUUUGGGAGUGGAGAAGGGGCUGCCCCGCCUUUUCCUUUACGCUUGUGCUCCUUGCAGGGUCGGCCUGUUGUGAUUUGCGAUAAGGAAGAUAUUGAGACCAUCAAAAACAACAAGCGAACCAUCAAAGUCCCCCACUCUGUGGACUGUCUGCAGGGGAUCUUGAGCGUCAUCCCUUUACAGCUCCUGGCUUUUCAUCUUGCGGUACUCAGAGGCUAUGAUGUAAGUACCACACUUUUAAAAGAUCACCUUUAGUCCUUCAGUGAACAUAAGGAGAGCCUGCUGGACCAGGCCAGUGGCCCAUUUGGUCCAGCAUCCUGUUCCCACGGUGGUGUUUCACAAAUCACUAAAGGUGGUGUGAAUCUACCAGCUUCAGCUGGGCUAAGUGGGCAGCUUGGGCGCCUUGCCAAAUAAACCAGCAAGCAGAAAGAGCACACGUGUCUGUAACAAAACAAUAAGUCUCACAUUGGCUGUUCAAUUUAAAAUAUCCUUUUCAGGUUUUUUGUGUGUGUCUUUUUGUCUUUUUCAGGUUGACUUUCCAAGAAAUCUGGCCAAAUCUGUUACGGUUGAGUAG